AUGGGUGGCGGUAAGUCCGGCGCUGAUGUGGCAGCGGGCUCUUGCUGCGGCAAGGGCCCCGGAUACGUAUCCCCGCUAAAAGCCAUGGAGGGACCGCGCGAGAAGCUGCUGUACACGACGGGUAUCUACACUGGGACAGGCAUCGAAAAGCCGGAUUUCCUGGCAACAAUUGACGUGGAUCCAGAAUCGGGAAGUUUCGGUCAAGUAAUCCACCGGCUGUUCAUGCCGCACCUUAAUGACGAGCUCCAUCACUCAGGAUGGAACGCAUGUAGCUCGUGCGUCAACGAUCCCACUAAGUCGCGCAAAUACCUCGUCCUGCCGGCUCUACAGUCGAGCCGCGUCUACGCCGUGGAUGUCGCGACUGAUCCGCGCGCGCCGUCCCUCCACAAGGUCGUGCAGGCCGAAGAUAUCGCCGCGAAAACCGGGCUGGCGUACCUUCAUACGACGCACUGCUUGGGCUCUGGAGAAAUCUUAAUCUCCGCUUUGGGCGACCCGGAGGGUAACGCUGGCGACACGGGGUUCUUGUUACUGAGUGAGGAUUUCGAGAUCAAGGGCCGGUGGCAGAAGGAAGGCGGGGCGAAGCUUCCGUUCCAUUAUGACUACUGGUACCAGCCGCGGCAUAACGUACUCGUUAGUAGCGCCUGGGGCGCGCCGAAGCGGUUCACCAAGGGAUUCGACCCGGGACACGUGGCGGAGGAUUACGGGCGGCACUUGUACUUCUGGGACUGGACGACGCAUGAGCUGACUCAAACCGUCGAUUUGGGGAUCGAGGGGCUAAUUCCCCUGGAGAUUCGAUUUGUGCACGAUCCGGAUAAGGCGGUGGGAUUCGUCGGCGCUGCGCUCAGCAGCAACAUCAUUCGAAUCAGCAAGGAUGACGCGGGAAAAUGGAGCACUGAUGUGGUCAUCCGCGUGGAACCCAAGGACGUGGAUGGCUGGGCUCUCCCGCAACUCCCGGGGCUCAUAUCCGACAUUCUCAUCUCGCUCGACGACCGCUUCCUCUAUUUCUCCAACUGGCUGCAAGGCGAUCUGCGACAGUACGACAUUUCCGUCCCGGCCAAUCCGAAGCUCGUGGGGCAGGUGUUUCUGGGGGGGGUGAUACGCGAGGGAGGUGCCGUCACGGAGAAAAACGGCAACCCGCCGCCUGAAGUGCCCACUGUCAAGGGUAAGGAGCUAAGGGGCGGGCCGCAAAUGAUCCAGCUAAGCCUUGACGGAAAACGUCUCUACGUCACGAAUUCGCUCUUCUCGUCGUGGGACCGUCAGUUCUACCCCGACCUUAUCCAGAAGGGCGGGCAUCUGCUGCUCGUACACGUGGACACCGAAAACGGGGGUCUCACGCUCGACAAGGAUUUCUUUGUGGAUUUUGGGGAUUUUCCCGAGGGGCCCGCGUUGGCACACGAGACUAGGUAUCCUGGUGGUGACUGCUCGUCCGAUAUUUGGGUGUGA